AUGGGAUCGGAACGUCGAGGAGUUGUGGACGUUUUACUUCUUUUGUUGUUUAUUAUACCGACGUUCUACAAGAACGACGAUCGUUAUGCUGAUGCCACAGAUCCUCAGAUAUUUCGAGCUUCGAUCACUUCUGAUGUUACGGGUGAUAUUUGUGAACUGAUUCAAGAUCAACCAAAGUGA